AUGCUUGCCUUUCCUUCCCUCCCUUGAACGUCACCGUUUAAGCAGAGCCCGAGGACUGGGAACUCUUCCCUGAAAUCUGAUCAACCUGAAGCCAGUUGCAGAACUGCACAGGGUCCCCAUGGACCUCAAGGAGAGCCCCAGCGAGGGUAGCCUGCAGCCCUCUAGCAUCCAGAUCUUCGCCAACACCUCCACCCUCCACGGCAUCCGCCACAUCUUCGUGUACGGGCCGCUGAGCAUCCGGCGUGUGCUCUGGGCCAUGGCCUUCGUGGGCUCUCUGGGCCUGCUGCUGGUGGAGAGCUCUGAGAGGGUGUCCUACUACUUCUCUUACCAGCACGUCACCAAGGUAGAGGAGGUGGUGGCCCAGAGCCUGGUCUUCCCAGCCGUGACCCUCUGUAACCUCAACGGCUUCCGCUUCUCCAGGCUCACCACCAAUGAUCUGUACCACGCCGGGGAGCUGCUCGCCCUGUUGGACGUCAACCUGCAGAUCCCGGACCCACACCUGGCUGACCCCACGGUGCUGGAGGCCCUGCGGCAGAAGGCCAACUUCAAGCACUACAAACCCAAACAGUUCAGCAUGUUGGAGUUCCUGCACCGCGUGGGACAUGACCUGAAGGAUAUGAUGCUCUACUGCAAGUUCAAAGGGCAGGAGUGUGGCCACCAGGACUUCACCACAGCGGGCCUGGGACAUCAGGUGCUGUGGGACCCUCCGGAAGCCCAGUGUGGCCGCUUCUCCCAAAGCGACCUUAAGGGAGAACCGAGAGCUUUUGAGUCUCAGAUCCUUGAGCCAAAUUGCAGUUGUAAUUUCGGGGUGGCAG